AGGGUCGGGGAGAGAAACUCGGUUCUCCCGCCUCUUGAAUUCUUGAAUCCCUGAAACAGUAAAGUAAGCAAAGCAAACCCUUCAUUUUCACAUUCACCACUCUCAGUCUCAGAGAGAGGAUCGAAUGUUGAUUCUCCUCUUUUUUCUCUCUGCAAAUGGACACGCCAGAUAGGAGCAAGAUCAACACCCCUCUUUCUCAGUUUGAGGAUUCACCUGUAUUUAACUAUAUCAGUAAUCUAUCUCCUAUAGAGCCUGUUAAGUCUGUUCACAUUACCCAGACCUUCAAUUCGCUUAGCUUCUCAUCUCCUCCAUCUGUUUUCACAUCACCCCAUGUCAAUUGUCACAGAGAAUCCAGAUUCCUCAGGAGGCAUAACCUUUUGGAUGCAUCCAAAUGUAAGGGUUCAUCUGAAGAUAUAAACAAUGUUUAUUCAUGUGAAAAGACUCCCGCAGAUUCAACUCAGCCAUGUCAUGAAUCAAGUGAGCCACAGGAAAAUACCAAUCCAAAUAUUUCCAUAAGAGAUACCUCAAUCGAGCCAUGUGAUGAAAACCCAAAUAUCUCAAUUGAGGUCCCACAAGGCUUGAAGUAUAAUUUGGCUAGCCCAGGAUAUGAACCUGUGAUCUGUGCUGAUGAGGCUGACUCUCUUUUGGAACUGCCAGGCAAACCAGGAUCAGAUGUUUCUUAUGUUCCAGAUGACUCUGAAAAGGAUUCAAUUGAGGGUGAAAUGCAUCUUCCAGCUUUAUGUCAAAAUGAGGAAAAAAUUGAAGGACCAAAUUGUGGUGUGGAUGAUUUAAUUAAUGAAGCCUCUGAUCUGUUAAUGUUUAGUCCCCCAAAUAUGAAAGAAGCUUUUAAGGAUAUAAAUAAACAAUUAAAUCCUUCAACAAAGCUUACCAAUUUGAGGACUUUGUUACGACAAUCUGCUACCAAUGAUGGUCAUCAAAUGCACAUUGUUGAUACAGUUGCUUCUGGUUCAGAACAUGAAAUUGAAAAUCAUCCUUGUGAAUCAGGAGCAGCCACAGACACAGUUCAGAGACAAGGCAAACAUAACAAUGUUGCUUUGGUGGCUAGCAAUCCCAUUGAGAAAGUGGAUGAUAAGCUUGUUUAUGUGACACACCGUGGUAUACGGAGACGCUGUUUAGAUUUUGAGAUGGCUAGUGUCCAAAGGAAGAAUCUAGAUGGUAAAUCAAACACCAAUUCCAGUGCAGAAAAAUCUGAUGAGAUGGAUGUUAGUAAAGGAAAGCAACUGCUCCCCAUUAAACAUAGUGGGGAUUCACGGAAGUGUGUUUUGCCUGGAAUUGGUUUGCACUUGAAUGCCCUUGCUAGCUUAAAUGAUUGCAAAAACAUAAAAAUUGAGACAUUGCUAUCUGGAAGGCAACCUAACCUUCCCAGCUCCUCCUCAUCCUUGCAACUUUCUGCAAGCCAAGAUCAUCAACUAUCUUUGGUACCUACAUCAGUGGAAAAAGAUAUGGAGCAAUCAGAUAAUGAAGUUCAGCCUGGUGAAGAUUGUACCCAGCCUUUGGUUCACAUGCCUGGUGAAGAUUGCACCCAGCCUUUGGUUCACAUGCCUGGUGAAGAUUGUACCCAGCCCUUGGUUCACAUGCCUGGUGAAGAUUUCCAGCAGAAUAGCCCUAAAAAGAAAAGGCGCAGGUUGGAACAAGAUGGGGAAGGGGAGUCUUGCAAGCGUUGUAAUUGUAAGAAAUCAAAGUGUUUGAAGCUUUAUUGUGAGUGCUUUGCUGCGGGAGUCUACUGCAUAGAGCCCUGUUCAUGUCGUGAUUGCUUUAACAAACCUAUUCAUGUUGAUACCGUCCUUCAAACUCGCCAGCAGAUUGAGUCUCGAAAUCCACUUGCUUUUGCUCCUAAAGUCAUACGGAGUUCUGAUUCUGUACCUGAAAUUGGGGAUGACCCUAACAAAACUCCAGCUUCAGCCCGACACAAAAGAGGAUGUAAUUGCAAGAAAUCAAGCUGCCUAAAGAAAUACUGUGAAUGUUAUCAGGGUGGUGUUGGUUGCUCCAUAAGCUGCAGAUGUGAAGGAUGCAAGAACACGUAUGGUAGAAAGGAUGGUUCUGUUCAUUCUGGAAUAGAAGCCAAGCCCGAAGAAGAAACAGAAGCAUGUGAAAAGGGUGUGAUGGAAAAUGCUUCACAUAAAACUGAAACACAAAAUACUGAAGACCAUCCUGAUCAUGCUCUUCCUACAACACCAUUACGUCUUUCCAGAUCAUUGAUCCCAUUACCCUUUUCAUCAAAGGGUAAGCCACCAAGAUCUUUUGUUACUACCAUCUCCAGUUCUGGAUUGUUUGUCAGCCAAAAGCUCGGGAAAUCAAGUGCUCCGCGGUCUCAACCUAAAUUUGAAAUGCCUGUGCAAACUGUUCCGGAUGAUGACUCUCCUGUCACCUGCAUCAAAACUUCUUCUCCAAAUGGCAAGAGGAUCUCCUCUCCUAAUUGUGACGUGGGAUCAUCUCCUACUCGCAGAGGUGGGAGGAAGUUGAUCUUACAAUCUAUCCCUUCAUUUCCUUCUCUCACCCCUCACAAUCUUCGGAGUGACUGAGGAUCUAAUCUUCUUAAGUUAGCCUCUUGGUUCCCGUUUCCAGUUUGUUGCAGUUGGAGCUGUAUGCGUAGGUGAAUGAAUGUAAAUGUUGAGCUCUCUUUUACUUUCGUAAUAAUAUGUUGCUUUCAUUUCUUACUGUACAACUUCACUUCAGUUGUAUUAUAUCUUAACUACCGGUUAUCAUCUAUCCUAAGAGUACUUGGAGAA